AUGUUCCAAGAAAUGAUGCGCAAUCAUGACCUCGCGAUUCGUAAUCUUCAGGGUAUUCCUGGAGGUGAGGCUGCACUACAACGUCUAUACCAAGAUGUGCAAGAACCACUUCUUAAUAGCGCCACAAGUUCUCUAGCUGGUAACCCUUUUGCAUCACUCCGUCGAGGAGAAGACACAACAGCUUCUCGAAGUCAGCGAGCUGGCCAAGAAAACAGUGAAGCGUUACCAAAUCCAUGGGGUAGCGGUGGUUCGGCCAACUCUCAGCAGAACACACAAAGCAAUACUACUGGAGCAACCGCUCCUGAAGGAGGUUUAGCAUCUCUUCUUGGAUCAACUGGUAUGAAUUCUUUGAUGGAGCAGAUGAUGUCCGAUCCAGCUCUUAUGCAAUCUCUGAUGCGUCCUGAGAUGAUGGACUUAUUUAGACAAAGCAUUUCUCAAAACCCACAAGUCGUGCAGCAGAUCAUGGAGCAAAAUCCUUUGGUAGCUAAUAAUCCUCAGCUAGCGGAACAACUUCGAGCACAACUCCCGAACAUGAUGAACAUGAUGUCUAAUCCUGACGUUCUGGCUGCUAUGUCAAAUCCUCGUGUUUUGGAAGCACUGCGCAUGGUUCAACAGGGCAUGGAUAUUCUUCGACGAGAGGCACCGGCCUUGGCAGGAAUGUUUGGAAGCGGUUUCUCGAAUGCACCCUCCGCGAAUGCUCAACGUAAUACAUCAUCGGCCAAUGGAGAAGAUCCAGUGAACGCAUUGAACGCUAUGUUUGCUGGAAUGAACACCACACAG